CUGUGCUGGGCGAAAUGGCAGAGUCCACAGCUUGCCUCACCUUUCCCUAGUGGUCAUUGGCCUGAAAAGAUACUAAGGACCUCUGAUCUGCUGGUCACCUAUGUUGCAGUCUGUCCGGUGCCACCUUCUUUAAGAUGAGCUCGAGGCCAUGAGCAGAUACACCAGCCCUGUCAACCCAGCUGUCUUCCCCCAUCUGACCGUGGUGCUUCUGGCCAUUGGCAUGUUCUUCACCGCCUGGUUCUUUGUCUAUGAGGUCACCUCCACCAAGUACACGAGGGACAUCUACAAAGAGCUCCUCAUCUCCCUGGUGGCCUCGCUGUUCAUGGGGUUUGGUGUCCUCUUCCUCCUGCUCUGGGUUGGCAUCUACGUAUGAGUCUCUGGGGUACCCUGGAGGCUUCAUUGAGUCCCUGCUUUUGUAAAUUAAUUUUUUACUGUUGUUAGAAGUGUCCCCCCUGCUGCUCACAAUAAAGGCAGACACGUGACA